GUAUAAGUCAUCGCUGAGAAUCAGAAGAAGUCUCAAGAUAAAUCGAUCGUUGGAGUGCCAGACGCAACUGUUUGUCCCCAGUGACCAUUGUCACACGUGGGUAGCGAGGCGGUGAGGGGGUGAUGCUGUGAGCCACGCGCAUCAUGAACGACCCGGACCGCAUCGCCCGCGACCUUCUCCUCUGCGAAGAGUUCAACAAUCGGACCUUGCCACCGCCAGGAUUGUACUGCGAGGGGACGUUCGACCGCUGGCUGUGCUGGCCUCACACGCCCGCCAACAGCACCGCCUACGGUUCUUGUCCCGAGUUCGUUCCCGGGUUCAGACCUGAUCUGUUGGCGCACAAGGAAUGCACUGCGAACGGAACCUGGUACAAGCACCCGGAAACCGGCCUUCCCUGGUCCAACUACACCACCUGCGUCGUCGAGGAGGAUGACGUGAACCACAUCAUCGUGGUGUACGAGGCGGGCUACAGCGUGUCGCUGGUCGCCUUGCUGCUCUCCCUCGCCAUCCUCUUGUACUUCAGGAGCCUGCGGUGCGCGCGCAUCACGGUACACAUGAACCUGUUCGGUUCGUUUGCGGUGAACAACGCGCUGUGGUUGGCGUGGUACGGGCUCGUGGUGCGCGACCCCACCACUCUGCAGGAGCCGCCCGUCUGGUGCUGUGCGCUUAAUGCGGUGCUGCAGUACGCCAUGCUCACCAACUACAUGUGGAUGCUGUGCGAGGGCAUGUACCUGCACACGGUGCUGGUCAGUGCCUUCAUCUCGGAGCGACGGCUCGUGCGCGCACUGGUGGCGGCGGGUUGGAUGCUGCCACUCCCCUGCAUCCUGAUCUACGCCACGCGACGAGCACUCGACGGCGACCCGCUUUGCUGGGCCGAGGAGCCUGAAUCGCGACCCGAGCUCGCCGUGCCGGUGGGCUUGGCCGUUCUGCUUAACCUGUGCUUCUUGUGCAACAUCGUGCGCGUGCUGUGUACCAAACUGAGGGCGGGAGGCGCGGCAGGGGGGGCGGCCCGGCCGUCGGCCACCGCUUUGCACGCCCUCCGUGCCACCUGCCUGCUGGCCCCGCUGCUCGGCCUGCAGUACCUGCUGAUGCCGUUUCGGCCCGCCAACACGGUGAGCUGGUGGCGCGCCUAUGAGUACGCAACAGCGGCGGCGACCUCGCUGCAGGGCCUGUGCGUGGCGGUGCUGUACUGCUUCUGCAACGGCGAGGUGCUGGCACAGCUGCGGCGCCGGUGGCGCGCGCUCACGUUCCGGCCGAGAGCCAAUUCCACGACAGCCACGACGGUUUCGUUCGUGCGGUCGGCGGCAACGGCCGGCGGCGAGGACAAGGUGUGACUGCCGGCGGGCGGAGCGGCCCCGGACCGACGCCGGACCUCCGGACGCCACAUCCGGUUCGAAUGCGUCGACAGCGACGAGGACGCGCCGCCCGACGCCCGCCUGCUCUGACCUGUGUGUGCCCCUCGCCCUCUCCUCGAAGCCCCAGUGCUGAAAGACUUUUAACCACGUACAUUAAAUGUUGACUGACUCGUUCGACUGAACCACAAACAGAUAAAUAGUUAUAAUUAUCAUCGCUGCCACGAAAGGGCACCGUGCUCCUGGUUUGAAGAAGCGUCUACCGCAGUGGAUAUGACUGGGAAAAUUACUUAUAAAGUUUUUUUUCUAAUUUCCAUUAACGUUAUGACCUGAUAACGAAAUAUAGUCGUCACAUUGUGGCCCUCGCUCCGUGUUCCCGCAACAGCUCCCUCUCCUGCUACCUCCGACCAGCACAGGUCGCAGGUUAGAGAUACUCGUCACACCACUUGUAAAUUUGAAUUCGUCGUGUACACGUGUCGAGCGAUGCGGCUGUGCUGGUGUUGGAACACCACAGGCAGGUACCGACACCGCUAAAGACAUACGUACAGAGACGGGUUUAACUGACGGUCACGAAUCAUUUCCACGUAAACGUUCUUAUUAAUAGCAUCAAUAAAAAUCAAACCCGGAAAAAAAUACUUUUUGCAUAAAAAAUGAUUAGUGUGACGUAAUUCCGGGUAGGUGCCUCCCUGCCCUGCAGCACAGUCUGGCGCUCUGUUGUGAACGCCGGUACAACUAGAAAUGAGACUUCAACUUCGUGUCUCAAGGUGGACGACGGCAUUCACUUAGCACCAGAUUCAGAUUGCAUUUCUUUAUUAAAAUGAGUUUAAAAUAAUAGCAUACCUAACCGAAAUCGAUGUUAUGAUGUUCCCGAGCCGUCGAUGUAUGUACUGUAUGUUGCAAGGGCUGGAACACAUUUCCUCUCGGUAAAAGCGCAGGAAUUGCGACAACUUCCACCGUGGAGGGCGCGUUCAGGACAGUUAACAGCUUUAUGAAUCUCGUGAAUUCAUUAGGUAAUCUAGACUUGCUAAUGGAAUCGUGUCAAAGAAGUGGAGCAGGCUGGCAGACUCUGUAGCCGAGCCAAUCACUUUGUAGCGACACUGGUAAUACGCAGAUUAUUCGACCAGGAGACGAGUCACUGAGACGUUUCACUGUACUAACUAUUAUAUCACAGUGAACUUUAAACUUAGGACGUCCCUGACUCUCUCCCGGAGGCUGCGGAUGUCGGCGUCGUUCGUAGGUUUGUGACGUCACUGUUCUACGAGGUACCAACCAUGUGACGUGCCUUAGCAGUUGCUCUAAAUUGAUAACCCGAAGACGAACUUAUUCCAAGUACCUGUACCACAUGAUAUUGACAGGACUGUGUGUGUACAUACGCACGUAAACAGGACUCUGUUCAAUACUUUUUGUUUGUAAAUAAAUAAUUAGAUAAUAAAUGAAUAAAUGAAAAGAAUUUAAUGAAUAAACCACACACGAAUUCCUGUAAGAGUUUUAUGUACAAAAAAAAGAUCUGAUCUUUUGCUCCUGAUGAAAGGUCUUGUGUAGACAGGUUACUAGCUAGUCUAAUCUAGCUGCAGUGGCGGCGUCACACGGAGCCCCUUUAUCUACAUGUGUGCAUACUUUUGUAAAUGAAUAUUAAAAAUGUUUA